AACCGUUCGGCUAUCCAGCCCAAGACUGUUCGUUCUGGCGAGGAUCGCAACUGGGCUUUACUCUUGAAGAUCAUCGGUGACUUCUACGAGGAUAGAGCAAGUCUCGUCAGCCCUGCAAACUCAAUAACACAUUCGAAUGACCCCAACGGCAUUCACGUCUUUGUCGAUGCCUCGAACAUCUUCAUUGGCUUCCACGAUCAGCUCAAGCGUGCACGCGACAUUCCGCAGCACGUCCAUGUGCCCAAAGUGGACCUUUCCUUCGACGCCCUGGCUCUCCUUAUGGAGCGCCGUAGACCUGUCGCCAAACGAUGCCUGGUUGGUUCAAAGCCCCACAUGGCCGCCUUUGAUGUGGCUCAACGUGUCGGCUACGAGUGCAACAUCCUGGACAAGGUGCUCAAAGCGCGAGAGCUCACCGAGCGCCAAAAAUAUUUCCAGGAACAGGAGAAGAAUGGUGGCAGUGGCUCAGAAACGAGUAACACUGGCCCCGUCUUCGCCCCUGAGAAGUACAUCGAGCAAGGAGUCGACGAGAUCAUCCACCUGAAAAUGAUGGAAUCCAUUGUCGACACCGAGACGCCCUCUACUAUGGUGCUGGCCACUGGCGAUGCUGCACAGGCCGAGUACUCUGAAGGCUUCCUCAAGAUGGCCGAACGUGCCUUGAAGAAGGGAUGGAAGGUCGAGCUUGUUAGUUGGAGCAAGAACAUCAGUCUCGCUUACAAGAAGGCGGCCUGGCAGAAGAAGUGGGACGGUCGAUUCAGAAUCAUUGAGCUGGACACCUACGCUGAGGAAUUGCUCGACAUGUGA